AUGGCCAAGCGCUCCGGAGCUGAGAAGAAAGCCCGUCGCAAAGCAAACCAUGAGCGGCGAAGAAAAGAGAAGAAAGCAAAGAAGAAGGUGGCCAAGCUGAAGAAGAAGUUGAAGAGGGCCGAGAGAAGUAACAGGGCCCAAGCCGAAGCUGCCCCAUCCAGCAGCAGCUCGUCCAGCAGCAGCUCGUCGAGUUCUUCUUCGUUUGCAGACCAGGCUGCAAACGAAAGGAGGAAGUACAAGCGAUGGCAGUGGAAUCAGGCCGAUGGUUCUGCAAGCCACUCUGGCGGAGCAAGCAGCAGCUGGCAAGGCAGUGGCCGAGGCCAAGGUUCUGGGGCCAAAGUUCUUGGGGCCAAGGCCAAGGAUCCAGCUGGGGCGCGUCAUCCUGGGGGGGCGGGCAAGGCAGCGGCAGGGGCAAUAGCCAAGGCUCCUGGGGCCAAAGUUCUUGGGGCCAAAGCGGAGGAUCCAGCUGGGGCUCGUCGUCCCGUCGUCGAGGGGGCGGCAAAGGCCAAGGCAGCAGCAGCAACCGUGGUUCCUGGGACUCCUGGUCGCAGCAGGCUGCUCCCAUGCCACCCCCCGCCGCUGCCGGAUGAGGCGACUGCUCCUGUGGUGCCGGAUGAGGCAACUGCUCCUGUGGUGCCUGUGGAGCCAAAGGCAGCUGUGGCACCAGUAGUGCCUGUGGAGCCAAAGGCAGCUGUGGCACCAGUAGUGCCUGUGGAGCCAAAGGCAGCUGUGGCACCAGCUGGAGUGCCUGUGGAGCCGAAGGCAGCUGUGGCAGCAGCUGUAGUGCCUGUGGAGCCGAAGGCAGCUGUGGCACCAGCUGUGCCGAAGCAGCCAGUGCCAGUUAAGGCACCGCCAAAGGCUUCGCCGAAGUUGAUGCCAGUGCCUGCAAAGGCAGCGGCGGCCGACUGCCCAGCCUCCAGGUGGCAGGUAGCCAUAGCCAACUUGUUUCAUCCAUUUCAAGAAGUAGCAACAUUGGAAGAUGUCCUAGAGUGGCAAAGAAUGUUGCAGAGGUCCCCAAGUAUUGGAGAGUGCAAUGAAGCUAUGCAAUAUUUCAUGUCUCACGAGUUUGCAAAUCUCCAGGUAGUGACGGUGUCCAACUCGUCUGCGGGGCAGCAGCUGGACGUCCCGGUCCCAAGCUGCACGGUCUGCCUUGGUUCACAAUGGCAGGCGAAAGUGGGGAGCAGGGUGAUCACCUUAUUGAAUGGCCUGGUCCUUGAAUGCGGCCAUGGGCCCUUUCACCAGCGGUGUCUUCAAAGGUUGGUGGCUGUCAAUGCCAGCUCCCGCAAUGCCGUGUGCUGCCCGAUCUGCCGGCAGGCAGUGUCGCAAGAAUGGCAGCAGGCCAUCGGCCAACAUGGAGCUUCGCUGUUGCCGAUGUAUGUCUUGGUGCGUGGCCAGCUUGGACCUGGACGAGCGACGGCCUAUCAGCUGCCCCUGGAAAGACGUGGCAAUUUCCAGGAAGGUGGAAGCACCGGAUCGGCAAGCCCCUUCCCGGCCCCAUCGGCCCCGGCUCCAUUGGCAGUGCCACCACAAGAAAACAAUGCGACGGACCCCCCCCCUGCUGCCGAGAACAGUAACAAUGAGACGGGCCCUCCUCCUGGCGAGAUCCCUCCUCCUGCUGCCGAGAUGACGAGUACUUCGUCGUGGGCCCCUGCCGAAGAGCCUCCUCCUGCUGCGGAGGCUAUCAGUGCUCGCCCUGGUGCCGAGGCACAUGCUGAUGCAGAAGCCGAUGCUGUGCCCCCUGGUGUGCACAACGACGAUUUGGAGAACGAAGUGGGGAGGCACCAACGGGAACGGUCGUCGUCUGAGGGCGAAGAAGAUGUAUGA